CAGAACAUGUAGCCAGGCCCAGUGACUCCAUCCUCUCACCCUGGACCACCUGGACAAGCCGCUGCCCUCUGACACACCCACCAUGUCCAGGAAAGGUGCAGGCAGCCGAAGCCGUGGAGACAGGGCGGAGGCACUGGCCUCACUGCAGGCUGCGAACGAGGAGCUGCGGGCCAAACUCACGGACAUCCAGAUUGAGCUACAGCAAGAGAAAAGCAAGGUGAGCCGCGUGGAACGCGAGAAGAGCCAGGAGCUGCGGCAGGUGCGGGAGCACGAGCAGCACAAGAACGCGGUGCUGCUCACGGAGCUCAAGAGCAAGCUGCACGAGGAGAAGCUGAAGGAGCUGCAGGCCGUGCGUGAGACGCUGCUACGGCAGCACGAAGCCGAGCUGCUGCGGGUCAUCAAGAUCAAGGACAACGAGAACCAGCGGCUGCAGGCGCUGCUGCAUGCUCUGCGGGAUGGCGGCCCCGACAGGGUCAGGACCGUGCUGCUGUCCGAGGCCAAAGAGGAGGCCAAACGUGGCUUCGAGGUGGAGAAGGUGAAGAUGCAGCAAGAGAUCUGCGAGCUCAAGGGCGCCAAGAGGCAGGCGGAGGAGGCCCUGACAGUAGCCAUCCAGGCCGACAGGAUCAAGGCGGCGGAGAUGCGGAGCGUGUACCACCUGCACCAGGAGGAGAUGAACCGCAUCAAGAAGGAGUGUGAGCGUGAGAUCCGCAGGCUGAUGGAGGAGAUCAGAUUUAAGGACAGAGCAGUCUUCGUGCUGGAGCGAGAGUUAGGGCUCCAGGCGGGGCACGCCCAGAGACUGCAGCUCCAAAAAGAGGCUUUAGAUGAGCAGCUGGCCCAGGCCAGAGAGGCCGAUCGGCACGCGGGCAGCCCCAGACGGGAACUUCCUCAUGCAGUUGGUGCGGGAGCCGCUGCAGAGCACCCGGGAAGCCCUGAACAGCAGCUGGAUGAAAAGGACGCACGUCGCUUCCAACUCAAAAUAGCAGAGCUCAGCGCCAUCAUCCGCAAACUGGAAGACCGUAACGCACUGCUGUCCGAGGAGAGGAACGAGCUGCUGAAACGCCUCCGGGAGGCUGAGAGCCAGUACAAACCACUGCUGGACAAGAACAAGCGUCUGAGUCGUAAGAGUGAGGAGCUGGCACACACUCUUCGGCGACUGCAGAGCAAACUCAAGCUCAUCACGCAGGAGAACCUGGAAGUGAGGCAGAGGGUGGGCGUAGUUCGCAGACCCAGUUCCCUGAACGACCUGGACCGGAGUCGAGAGGAGCAAGAGGCGGACUUCCUGCGUGUGCAGAUCCUGGAGCAGCAGAACCUCAUCGAUGAGCUGUCCAAGACUCUUGAAACCACUGGCUUUGUGAAGAGCGUCCUGGAGCGUGACAAGCUGCUGCGGUUCCGGAAACAGAGAAAGAAAAUGGCGAAACUCCCCAAGCCCGUGGUGGUGGAGACCUUCUUUGGCUACGACGAAGAGGCUUCUCUGGAAUCCGAUGGCUCGUCUGUGUCCUACCAGACAGACAGGACCGACCAGACCCCAUGCACCCCCGACGAUGACCUGGAGGAGGGCAUGGCCAAGGAGGAGACAGAGCUCCGCUUCCGGCAGCUGACCAUGGAAUACCAGGCGCUGCAGCGCGCCUACGCUUUGCUGCAGGAGCAGGUUGGAGGGUCGCUGGACGCCGAGCGAGAAGUUAAGACCCGUGAGCAGCUACAAGCUGAGGUGCAGCAGGCACAGACACGCAUCGAGGAUCUGGAGCGGACGCUGGCUGAGCAGGGCCAGGACAUGAAGUGGAUCGAGGACAAGCAGGCUCUGUGCCGAAGGAAUCAGGAGCUGGUGGAUAAGAUUAGGCAGAUGCAGACAGAGGAGGCUCGGCUGCAGCAUGAGGUGCAAGAUGUCCGGGACCAGAAUGAGCUGCUGGAGUUCCGGGUGCUGGAGCUUGAGGAGAGGGAGAGGAAGUCCCCAGCGAUCGCUUUUCACCACACCCCCUUCGUGGACGGCAAGAGCCCCCUGCAAGCCUACUGUGAGGCAGAAGGCGUGACGGACAUCGUGGUCAGCGAGCUAAUGAAGCAGUUGGACCUCUUGGGGGAUAACGCCGUAAGUAGUCUGACCAAUGAUGAGCAGGUGAUCAUCAUCCAAGCCAGGACGGUCCUGACCUUGGCCGAGAAGUGGCUGCAGCAGAUGGAGGAGGCGGAGUCAGCGCUACAGCAGAGAAUGAGCGACCUGGAGACAGAGAAGGAGCUGUUCAGCAAGCAGAAGGGCUACCUGGAUGAGGAGCUGGACUUCCGGAAGCAGUCGCUGGACCAGGCCCACAAGCACAUCCUGGAGCUGGAGGCCAUGCUGUAUGACGCCCUGCAGCUGGACACGGGCUCCAAGGUGUCCGGACUGCUGAGUGACUGUGAGCGUGAGGAGCUGCGCGUGGCUGUGGAGCAGUGGAAGCGCCAGGUUAUGAGCGAGCUACGGGAACGAGACACGCAGAUCCUCCGAGAGCGUAUGGAGACGCUGCAGGCAGCACAGCAGAGGGUCCGGGAACUGGAGGAGAGGCUGGAAGCCCAGAGGAGGCAGCUGAAGGAGCUGGAGGAGAAGUUCCUGUUUCUGUUCUUGUUUUUCUCCUUAGCUUUCAUUCUCUGGUCUUAGCAAUUCUGGGCACUGCACGCCCGGGACUCUGAGCUCUUCUUCGGGCUCAGAGGGGCACCCCAGACAGCCAGAUGAGAUGCCCCUCUCCCCCCAAGACAACUGCAGACACCCUGCACCCUGUCACGAGGCGAAGGGGGCUCUGGGUGGAGCCUGAUUGUCAGGAGGGUUCUGGGUGCAGCCCACACAGCCCAGUGGCAGCUCCUGCACCUCCAGCUCCCUCCAUCCCAGGAGGCUUCUGGAAGCAAUGGCAGUGGCAUCCAGAAAGAGAGAAGAGAGAGAGGGCAGAGACCACAGCUCGACUGUACUGAGACACCGGACCCCUCCACAGUUCCCUCUGCCACCCAGCGGCCUCACACUUGGAUCAGAAGUGACCACAGCCAAGACCGUCCAGCUGGCUGGGCACGGGGCCUUCUCUCAUUCACUCCUGGAGAAGGGCCCAUCCCAGAGCUCGGCCAGCACCAGGCAUUGCCUGCAUGAAUGCCCUGGUGCCCUGUUCUGUGGCUGUGCAGAGGGAGCCAUGUCAGGCUCAGGCAAGGUUAGUCCAGGACCUUGUCAGUCUUGAGGGGCACAGGGCUCGUUACCCACCCCUUGCUGUGUGAGUACAGGAAUCCACCCUCCCUGCCCCAUCCCUGGAGGUUCCCAGGGUGUCUGAGCCAGGCCCUGCCCUCACUUACACCCAGACCCAGGACUACUGUAUCCCCCACUAUGUCUUCACUGUGUUCCCCUGUUGUCCCUCCCUCCCAGUGGUGCCACAAUGUCCUGCUGUGUCUCUCCCUACGUCCUCUGCAAAGUGCUUUAGUGUAUCAACUUGGAGGGGCUCUAUCGUGCCCUAGAGCUGACGCAGGAUUCUCUGUGGGGACUCUUCAUGUGCAAAGCCAGCCCGUGGUCCAUCCAACCUCUCUUCCCAUCCCCACAGACCCCCAGGCUCCUCCUCUGCUGACACUGUGCCUUUAUCUCCUUGCAGGAGAAUCACACAGUGGAAUCAGCACAAGAUGUGGGCUGGGGACCCGUUUUCGGCCUAGGGUUGACCUGCACCCUGGUGGCUGUGCUCAGUGCUGGAUGGCGAUGGGUGCAAGUGCAUGUGUGUGUGUGUACAUAUACAUAUACAUGUGCCACUUGUGCCCAGCCUGAGGAUGGCACAUGAGACUCAGCUCUAGGGGUACUUGGCAAGAACACAUGCAACAUGGAUACACACUUUGUGGUUCCCCAGAUGGGAACCAAGAGAGUUACAGGCCAGUAGGGGCAACCAUGGAUGAGGCUGAACAUGCCCUGAGGGACCCUGUUCAGGAGGACUGUCAUCCCUGCCAUCCUGCAGCCUGUCACUGAGAAUCUGGACAGUGAGGAUCACAUCUCCUCUGCCUAGCCUGGCGUCCAGCUCUUGUGACCUGUCUGCUGCCUGCGCCCCGGCUGCAGUGCCCCCAGAGCUGGGCACAAGCCCCUCACUGAGCACUGCAACAUCCAGAAGCCCUAAGCUGCCCUCCAUGAAGCACCCUCUGCCAACCCAUGUUUCCCAGCCUGAGCAGCAGUUCUGUGGCAUGGGCAGUUUGAGCCAACGACGUGUGUGUGUGUGUAUGUGUGAGCCUGAAACAGCCUAUGGUCUAGGUCACUUUUUCAUCUGUGGUGCUGACAUGGAGAAGGGUCCUCAGCACACAGCUCCAUAACAAAGGCAGAGCUGGUGGUCUGAUGGUGCAGCACAUCCGUGCAUGGGAGAGUGGGAUGCAUCCACUUCCCCCCUUCACUAAUCCUAGUAUCUCCAGGCUGCCCCUGUUGGAUCCUGGUCCCAGGAGCCCCUGCAGGAUGCAACAUUUUGAGGGCCGGCACCAAUGUUUGUCCUGGAUAAUAUCUGAGAACUGGCACAUGGUGAGGGGUCGGCUCCACAACAGGAGCCUGUGGGUUGGACACCAAGACUCUCUGGACACUAAGAAGCCCACUUCAUGGGCCUUGAAGGUGCCAAUGGAGCUUUCUCCUAACUAGCCACGCACAGGGGCCCAGCACAGGAAGCCGAGCCCACACCACGUACUUGACUCUCUCACCGCUCCCUUGCAGACUGGAAGUGUGUGCCUUGCUCCCGUCUGGCCUCCAGGUGGGGAGGGAAUUGUCUCCCUUCAAGUGCUCUGUCCUGCGUGGACCCAAAGCCUUCCGCACACCAGCGUGCCUUCCUCAGCUCACGCACCCUGGCUGGAUGGGUGACGCCAUCGGGGAAGAGUGUGUGUGAGCACAACGGACUUACAUUUAGGCUCAGGAAUCCAUGGUGUAAAUAUGUGUACCAGAUCAUCUAUUUGUUUACUGUGUGUUUUUUCAAAGCUUUACUCUUUGGGGAUGCCAGAGUCAGUGAGGGGCCUGGCACUGAGCAGGCAGUGGCUCCAGGCUCCACGUGUCUCUCCCGCUUGCUCACGCCGUCCUGUUGGUCCACCGGCCUUGACACGCUGGUCUUACCAUGACAGAUGAUGUGAUAUUACAUAUAUUUUUGUAUCGUGGUAUUCUGAUCUAUACCAGAGAAUUUUUGACUCAUUUGUAAAUGAUUGUACAGUUUUAAUAGAAAAAUUGUUUUAAAGCUUAGAAAACCCAAGUCCCCAUCCUCACAGGCACUAAAGUUUGGACCUCGU